UGAUAUGAUUAAUGAUGUGUGUGUAAACGAUAUGUAAACAAUUAAAUACGCUUUACAUAUAAAAAAUUGUAACAUUCUCAUUUUUUCAUGAGUUGGAAAACGUGUUCAAAUUAGGAGAAUCUAUUAAUUUCUAAUAAUUGAAUUUCUCUAAUGUAGUUCCACUAGUCAACAGAUUAUGAUAGGUUAGUCCGAACGAAGUUAGGUUAUUGCCUUCAAAUCAAUUGAAAAAUAAUUCGUUCUAAUUAUCAAGCUAUAAUUAUGGCUGUAUCUGCUUUUAUCCGUUGUUCACACUUUCGACGUUUAGUUGGCGUAAGCAACAAUGUUGUUGCCUUAUUUCCGGAUUCCGUGUGGUAUUUGAAUCGUAUUAAAUCACAAUCUUAUGCAACAUCUAUCAGUGAAAUCGAAGAUACAACUAAAACUAAUAUAAAGAAAUCUGAGAAAAAAAUAAGCAAAGCUAUGAUGAUGUAUUUACAACGUGCAAAAGAACAUGAUGCAUUCAUGAAGGAAGAGAUCUUAGAAUAUGAGAUAGGGAAAAGACAUCUGGCUAAUAUGAUGGGCGAAGAUCCGGAAUCUUUUACCCAAGCAGAUAUAAAUAGAUCAAUCGAAUAUCUAUUUCCAUCGGGACUAUUUGAUCCUAAAGCUCGGCCAAUAAUGGAACAUCCAGACAAGAUUUUUCCAAGCAAAAAAGUAGCAGAAUUUGAUGAAACUGGAAAACCUUUCCAUUCUAUGUUUUAUACCUCAAAGCCAAAUUAUUAUGAGACACUAUAUAAUAUUGUCGAUAAUAUCGAGAUUCUGAAUGAUAUUGAAGAUUCAUUGAUAAAGCAAGGAAUAUUGCCUAUGGACAGAAUCGAUCUAGUAGGUUCCUCGUGGUUGACACAGAAUGAUAUUGAAAAAUUAUUUCUUGAAAGGCUUAACAAUUUUGAGUACAAUUAUCUUAUUACGUCAUUAGAACGACUAUGCGAUCAUCCACUAUCGAGACGUGCAACAGAUUUCAUUUUAAAAUAUUGUAGAACACGUAAUACCCAUUUUAAGGAGAUAGUAUUACCUUUGGAACAUGACAGCACAGGAAGGCCAUAUGUCACAGUCAAAAAUUGCAUGAGGAAGUCUGCAAGAGGUGAAGUAACAAUUUGGGGUAAUGGCUCUGGUAAGAUUGUCAUUAAUGGACGUGACAUCGGAUACUUCGAAGAUUUUCAGCAUCGUCAACAGGCGUAAUAAUGUGCUUAUUCAAAAAAUCUAAAACCC